GAUAGGUGCAUUCAUUAUUCAGUGCUUUUUCUGUUCUACAGUGGGUAUAAUUACUUUACUUCCUGUUACACAAUCGAACUGUUUGUGAUAUUUAUUUUUACUUGAGUAAUUAACACUCGCUCGACUGAACGUGAGAGAGAAAGAGAUAUUUAUGUAAUUAAAAUAAGUAAGUGUAUAUACGUGUGUACUUAAGUGUUCAUUAAAGUCGGCGAUUUCUUCUCGGGUGAACCGUCAUCAGUAUAAGUAGUAAUAACUAUGGUGCUAGUGAACAAAACUUGUUCCUUCUCGAGUGUCAGUAUUCACGCGAAGAACAUAUUUUACGGUCACUCUGCAUGCACGAGUAGGUGCUUCAGAGAGUUCGAAAGAUUGUAGCUCAAAUACAAAGUACAAGUGCGCAGUGUGUUUCAAAUGAAAGGCGGCUAGGUAUGUUAAUAAUGGCCACCGUCGCGAAUAGCCUCCAGCAGGCCUCUUACAAUCAUAAUAACAGUAACAGUAGUCCGACCAUUGCCUGCCCAACUGGUGCUGUUGCUACUGUUCCGGCAAGCCCCAAGCUCAACCAGGUCCUAAAGUCAGAGUCGGUGCGGCGACUCUUCAACCAGCCAAACAUCGUCAUCCAUGCCAUCCCAAGGACGAAUUCGCCUACAGCCUUUAAAAUGGUCCGAUCGAGCGACUGCAACAACAGCAACAGCUCAACCUACACUGCCGACAAGACCAACAGUAGCAGCAGCAAUGCACCCCACGACAAAGACCAUCAGCAGGACAGCCUAGCAGCAUCAUCAGCAAAGCCAGAGGUGUCCAUUCGCGUAAUCGAGUCGACAAACGAGACGGAGAAUCUUUUACCCUCAAAGAACAAUGGCAAGUCCGAGAUCCUACUCGUGCCUGUAGUCCGCCAGCGAAAGGAAUGCGGACACUUUGAGCCCUGUGAGAGCUUGUUAUGUCUUGUAAACGUUGAAGAGUUCAAAGAUGUGGAUGGACUGGUUACUCCGUUAGUGGCUUUCAACAUUGACGAAUGCGAGGAUAUCAAUACCAAGGUGGACAAGCACUGUGGGAACAACGAGUGCGAUGCUUUAAGCAUAGACCACGAUAAAGGCAAGGUAACUUCGGUCGAGAUGCAUUGUUGGGAGAAGUCGAGCUUGUGCGACGUCUGUGGUAUCGCUUUUUUGGGCGAUGAGAUCAGACUAGACCACAGAAAAUGCCGGCGAAAACACGUGUACCAACACAACACAGCCACUCCUACCGAGGUGUUCAAGUAUAGGAUGCGCCAGAAGGAGUUGCAAAUGAUCGAAGCGGCGAAGACGAAGCGGAGCAGCGACUAUCUUGAUCCAGUGGUGGGUUUAACAAAAACCAUGGAAGCUCUGUCCAAAAACGACGAGCUGAUCAUCAUACCCAAGAUGCCGCCUUUUCCGCCUAAGAUUGUCAAGCCGUGUUUGUUGCCUCUCAGCAGUAGUCACAAAGAUUUUUACAUCGGUAACAACGGUUUCAUCAAUAAAAGCAUCAUUAAUCGUAACAACAACAACAACAACACCAACAAACACAAAAGUCAGAAAAUUAUCAAGAGACGUAGGAGAAAGAGGAGGAAGAAAACCGACGAUAAGGAUAUGACCAGCGAAAAGAUAUGUAAUAUCAUAGAGUCCUGCAAGCAGCGCAUCGAACUUGAGAGCAAGCAGCACAACAGCGAAACUAAUAGUAACAACAGCGUGGAAGGAUCACGGAGCGUCGAUCAAGCUCAGAUCGAUGUGUCGAAUCGCAACUCGAUCAAUCAUAAAUCUGCAAACGUUUCGAUCAAGGAAAAGUCCGUUGAUUUGCGUAACUCUAAUUUCACAGCUCAAGAGGAGUUUAUGGCUAAUGCAGGGUUACAACUGGCUAGUGUUAACAAUGUUAAAUCAACAGAUAUUUCAGAAUUGAAUCCGGAGAAUGAAGUCAAAGCCGAGCUGAAGAAAAUCAAUGACAUGAGCCUACCAGACAAAACUUAUAAAGUUGUGCCGAUACUCCAGCUAAAAUCCAUACCGUCCUUACUGCAUGAAAAGCAGGACUCACCAACGUUCUGUGCAGAAAAUAGAUCAGAAGAUAAUUCGCCAGAGAAAACCGUUGCAACGGAGUUAAAGAAACCCAAUGUUUUGAAGAUAAAAAUGAAAAACGAGGAGAGUAAAAACAAUGAAAACGAGUCGAAGAAGAACCCAGAGGAAGAGAAAAGUCCAAAGGAGAAAAAUGCUCACAGCGAAAAAAGAAACAAGGAGGAUAAGGAGCUUGGAACCCCCGCCAAAGACGAAACAUGCAUGGAAAGAGAGAAAGAAAGAUCAACAGCUAGUUUACUACUACCACUACCACUUUCGCCCAAAUUCUCUGGCCUGGUGAAGUCAAACCAGCAUCCAGCUAAAAAACUUUUGCUCAACAGCGACAACUCCAUUGACAUCAGUACGAGCAACUUCGACCGUAGACAGGUAUCUCUGCUGAAAAAGGCAAAAGGCACGAAGAAGCCAAUGAAACGUCUUAGGUUCCGUUGCACGCACUGUUCCAAAUGCUUCACGUCACUGGAGUACUGUCGCCAGCACAUCGCGCAGCACGAAAACAAGCCCGAUUUCUUCUGUCGCCUGUGCGGUCGGGGCUUCGUGAGUAAGUUCGCAAUGAAGAAACACCAAAACUCCGAGCACACAGCCGGCGAAGUCAGAUGCGAGAUGUGUAACAAAGUACUGUCAAGUUUGAGCAAGCUUGCAGAGCACCUGAAGCGCCCCAACAGCAAGGAACGACAAAAGUGCACCGACUGCCAGGAAAACUUUGAUUCCUGCGGUAGUUUAGACCUUCACAUGCGCAAACAGCACGGAUUUCUGAUUUGUAUGAUGUGCAAGCGUCAGAUAACGAAAUCGAAAAUGAUGAGGCACCUGAUGCUGGAACACGGUAUAUCAAAACGACGUUCCGAGUCUGGCUUUGAAAAGAUGACUCUGCGACCUGGUGAAAAUGAUCCCAUUAAAGAUUUUGACCUAUCAAAGAACGAAGCGGCGACAGAGAGUAAUAAUAAUAAUAAAAAUAGUAGUGGCAAGCAAGAAGAGAUGGCGAGGAGGAGCUCGUCGCGAAGACGAAGUUCCAAAGAGUUUUUUGUGUGCCAGGUGUGCGAGAGGCGCUUUGAUAGCGAGAAACAGUACCAGAUACACGUGGCCAACUACCCUAUGAGGUUUACACCCUGUCUCGACUGUGGUAAAAAGUUUCAUCGCAAGAUCGAGUACACUGAGCACAGCAAAACUUGUAAUCCGUCUAGGUUUAAGGAAUUUAAUAAAGCGGAGUCUAUGCGUAAAAAGAGAAAAUCGAAUUUACCAAGCGGUGAUAUCGUCUCGGCGAGUGAUAAUUUAUCUCGAAACAGUAUUGACCAAAAACAAAACGAAUCUUCAGAAAUUAGUGAUUGUAAGAAAUUUAAAGGAAAAGAAAACGUUACAGAGGAAAUUAUUGUACAGGAAGAUGAUGAAAAAGUUGAGGAUGAAGAGCUUGAGACGAGCAACGAGUUUGAAGGUUUUGAAGAAUACGUGGAGCCCGUCAGGGAAGACGAUGAUGACGCCACGGAAGAUUUUGUAGAAGAUAAAGCAAGCGACUCGAAGAUUGUUAUCGAAACGAAAAUUGUGAACGGUUUGGAGAGAAAUUCUAGUGACUGUUUGGAAACUUUAGACGUUGUUGAAGCGAAACAUUAUGUUCAAAUUAAAAAUAAUGAUGAAAGAGCUUCACUGUUGAAUGAUAAGCAAUUGAAAACGAGUUCGGCCAAAACAGUAGCAUUUAAUGCAUCGGCGGCACUGUCGAGCAUCAUUCAAGAUCACAAUUACCAAGUAUUAAAAUAAAUCGCAGGACUAUA